GACGACUGACUUGUGCGCGGAUGGCGGCGGCGACGGCGACAGCGACAGUGGCGGCGAUGAUGGCCACGGGUGGUGGAAGUGCUGGCGCGGCCCGCUCCCUGUCGCGCUUCCGAGGCUGCCUGGCCGGCGCGCUGCUCGGGGACUGCGUGGGCGCCAUCUACGAGGCGCACGACACCGUCAGCCUGACAUCAGUCCUGAGUCACGUCCAGAGCCUGGAGCCGGACCCCGGAACGCCGGGCAGCUCGCGGACAGAAGCACUGUACUACACAGAUGACACGGCCAUGACCAGAGCCCUGGUGCAGUCCCUGCUGGCCAAGGAGGCCUUUGACGAGGUGGACAUGGCUCACAGAUUUGCCCAAGAGUACAAGAAUGACCCAGAUAGAGGUUAUGGAGCUGGAGUCAUCACUGUCUUCAAGAAACUCCUGAGUCACAAGUGCCAUGAUGUCUACGAGCCUGCUCGGGCCCAGUUCAAUGGAAAGGGCUCCUAUGGCAAUGGGGGCGCCAUGCGGGUGGCAGGCAUCCCCCUGGCUUAUAGCAGCAUCAAAGAUGUUCAGAAGUUUGCUCGGCUCUCAGCCCAGCUGACCCAUGCUUCCUCCUUGGGUUACAACGGUGCCAUCCUGCAGGCUCUGGCUGUGCAUCUGGCUCUCCAGGGUGAGUCCUCCAGCAGGUGCUUCCUGGAGCAGCUUCUGGGCCACAUGGAGGAACUGGAAGGGGAUGCCCAGUCAGUCCUGGCUGCCAGGGAGUUGGGUAUGGAGGAGCGUCCAUACUCUAGCCGCUUGAAGAAGAUUGGAGAGCUGCUGGACCAGGACUCUGUGAGUCGAGAGGAAGUGGUGUCGGAGCUAGGGAAUGGCAUUGCUGCCUUUGAGUCUGUGCCCACCGCUAUCUACUGCUUCCUGCACUGCAUGGAGCCUGACCCUGAGAUCCCCACCGCCUUCAAUAGCCUCCAGAGGACUCUCAUCUAUUCCAUCUCGCUUGGCGGGGACACAGACACCAUUGCUACUAUGGCCGGGGCCAUUGCUGGUGCUUACUAUGGGAUGGAUCAGGUGCCAGAGAGCUGGCAGCAGAGCUGUGAGGGCUAUGAGGAGACAGACGUCCUGGCCCAGAGCCUCCACCGAGUCUUCCAGAAGAGUCUGUGAAAGCCACGGCUGCUCAGCUUCUGCCAGGUUCCAGUAGGACCAAAUACAGCUGAGUGAAACCUGGAGGUCCCUUGAGCUGGCUCCCCUGCCUUGAUCUUUCUGAAGCAGAGGCUCGGGGCUCUCAAGGCUAGGGUCUUGAGAGGUCACUAGAGCAGUAGCAGGGCUUGGUGCCUCCUUACUGCUGGGGUUCUGGCUUUCUGCAGAGCCAUGGGCCCCCCACGAGUCAUCAGUGAAACAUGAAAGGACCAGGGCAGGUUUUAUUUGGAAGAGUACUUGUGGCAUUUCCCCCCAACCCGUUUUUGGUCUGGCUCAUGGGAUCUAGGGAGAACUGAUCUACUGGAAUGUCAUUCCUCCCUGUUGGGUUUCAGCCAGUUUGUCAGACAGCCUGUCCUCGACUGACAGGGUCCCCAGCAGCAGGUUGUUUGGACAGGGGACAAACAUUUGCAUCCAGCCUAUCUUGGUGCACACAUAGCCCUUGUCUAUAUGGGUUUUGACAGCUUCCAGUGGAAUUCAUAGCAAUAAAUGUUUUUUUGGUAAAUCCUA